ACGGUGUCGCUUCCCUUGAAUUGAGUUGAGGUAGUUGAAUAUCGUCCUCGUUAUCCUUCUGCUUGUAUGCAGGUUUCAUCUGUCAUACAUUCGCCUCCACUAUCAGACACUGGAAACUAGCAGAAAAAGAAAACUGCCAACGAAAGAGUGAAUCUAGAUUCAUUGUGGCAAAGAAUACUCAGAGAUCACAACAAAAUACCUGUGGGAGCUCCAGCGGGUGCUGGGUGUUACUGAAAGCACGGAUUGUUCUGGCCUAACCCGGUGAGCAAAGAGACGUUCAUCACCACAAGAAAGUUUGGCAACUGGUGGCUUAAUUCUCCUUUACUAAUGUAUGUGAUCAAAGUACUAUGAUGGUUAUGGAAGAUGGCUUGACAUCUGUUGGAGGUGGGCUUGUAAAUAUUCGAUUCUGAUGCAAGGGAUAUUUAUAGUAGAAGCCAUCCUCAAGACGUGCAAUGAACUCCAGGGACUGACUGAUUCAAAGUCAUACAGUUGCAGGAUAUGGAAUUCAACAGUGAACAGCUUAAUUACUUCAAGAUCUGCUACAUCGUUACCGAUGUAUUGACAGAGGCUCUACGAGUAACCUUUAAAAGGGAAUGGGACCGUCGUUACAAGGCAACAUUUGGAGAAUGGAAAGAUGACCCUAAGAGUGGAAGGGACCUUUGGAAAGGUGAAUCCCCCCAAAAGAGGUUAAAAUAUGCUGAUGAGCUCAGCACUAUGAUGAACGGUAAUAGAUGCGAAUGGAAUUGCUCCAUGCUUUUCUACGGAAUCCUCCACUCUGAUUCUAUGCAAUGUCUCAGUCCAGCCGUCCGGUCGAAUGUUAACAAACUGAAAGUGUUUCGCAAUGAAUUUUUUGUACAUAAGACCCAUGGCGUACUAUCUGACAAAGACUUUAAUCGCGUUAUUGCCAAAUUUUCUGCAGCAUUUCGAGCACUUGGUCUUUCCACUUUGCCUAUUCAAGAAAUACAAGUUCAAAGGAGUUUCCCCUGCCAGGAGCUCAAGGAGGUUUUAAAAAAGGUGGACCUCCUGUCUCAGGAACUCCAGGAAAAAAACCUGAAGCUGCAGGUCCUUGAAGAUCAGCUUAACAGCCUUAUUCCCAGUUUUUGUUAUCUUCCUCCCAGACCUGCACACGAAAUCGUAGUUCGCGACUUUGAGGUGGCUGAAAUCAUCGGAAGUCUCAAGCAGCUCAAAAGCAUUAAUGCAAAUAGAUUAACCCAUAUGUACAUGUCAGGUCCUCCCGGAUGUGGUAAAUCUAUAGUGGCCGGACACAUAGGAGAACGAUUUUUCAACUCAGCCAAAGAGAUUUCUCCUAAUACUGCAUUUGUAAUGACCUUAAGUGCGGAAAGCCCGGAAAAAUUUUUGAUGUCUUAUGUUUCGUUCGCUCGCAUGGUUAAAUGCCCUGAAUAUGCAAUUACAAACACUUUCCUCUCCAAAGAUUUAUCCAUUUCCGAAAAGAUAACUACUCUUAUGUCAUUGAUAAGCACAAAGAUCACCCAUUACUCAUCAUGGCUGCUGAUCGUCGACAACAUAACAAGUAUGUCACAUGUAGAAGUCCAUUUCCCAGACCCUGGAAGUGAACAAUGGGGAAGAGGCCAGUUACUUAUAACAACACAGGAUACUAAUUGUAUCCCCUCACUUCGCUACUUUACUCAGCAUUUUUCAUUAAGCAGGGGUAUGAGCGUGAGCGAUGCCCAUCUUUUGUUGGCCAAGCUCUCUGGAAUCUCGGACCCAAAGAUGGAAAAAAAGGUGGCACAAGUAUUAGACUUCAACCCUCUAGCCUUAGCCAGUGCUGCCGCCUAUGUUAGGCAUGUAUCAGAAACUAAGGGGGAUUCGAAUUUUGGCUGGAACGAGUUGCUGAAGAGGCUAGAGCUAGGCCAAUUGAAUACUACUGUGACAGCUAGUCUAGGCUUUCAAAACGAGUUUGCAAGUUUAUCAAGGGUGAUUCAAUUGGCCAUGAAAGAUGACAAAAUUAUCCGUCAUACAGUUAGUCUCCUUGCCAUGUGUGCCCCACGACCGCUAAAUCUAGACGUCGUGAUGAAUUUCCUUCACAGCUUAAAUGAGGAGUGUGGGAGAAAAGAGGAUGUUGAGAGAAGGCUUGGAACAUGCUCACUAUGGUUACUUGUAAAAGGGAAGAAUGGCAUCAACAUUCAGGUGUAUCGGAUAAUCCAUGACGUGCUGAAAACAGUUACCUUGAAGAACUUUCUUGAGGAAGAGAUAUGGGCCGUCUUUUGCGGAGCUGUGAGAUCAUUCAAUCAGUUUAUCGAGGAUGGUGCAGCCAGCGAUGAUGAGGUUGUCCCCCACCUUGAGACUGUAAUGAAAGCAACUGAAGAUCGCUCUUGGCUUCCUCAAGGCGAAACAAAGGUGUUGUCAGAUGUUCCAAGUGGAUUUCUUACAAAACUCGGUGAAAUUUGCCAGAGUCAUGGGAAACUGUUGUUAGCCAAAAAGUACCUUCAUUUGGCCAAAGAGCUGAUUACUGACGACUUUGAUCGAGCAAAUACGACCCUUUUGAUUGCACGUAUAAACGCUGACUUGUGUGAAUUCAGCAAGGCCCUCUCUCACUAUGAAGAUGCCUUACCAACCUUUCUGAACAAGCUUGGACCAGAGCAUCUAGAAGUUGCAGCCCUUUACUAUAGCUUGGGCUCUGUAUACCACCAGUUGAAUGGUUUGAGUCGGGCAAAAGAAUUCUUUCAACAAUCCCUGGACAUUCGGUUGAAGAAACUUGGCCCUAACCACGUCGAAGUUGCAAGAAGUUAUAACAAUUUGGGUUCUGUACUUUGUGACUUGAAUGAUGUGGAACGUGCAAGAGACUACUUUGAACAGGCCCUGUCCAUUUACUUGAAAGAAUUAAGUCCAACGCAUCUUGAUGUUGCAACAACAUAUAGCAAUUUAGGUCUCGUAUUCCGUGCACAGAAUGAUUUGGAGGAAGCUGAGGAGUAUCUCAAGCGUGCGUUCGAAAUACGUUCACAGAACUUAGGACCUAACCAUAUUUGCGUUGCAACUUCCCUCAAUGACCUCGGUGUUGUCUAUUGUGAGCAAGGAAAAUUACGGAAAGGCAAGGAACUGUAUGAUCGUGCGGUAUCCAUCUAUCAGGGCGAGCUGGAUACCAACCACCAUUAUGUUGCAACAGCUACCAGCAACUUAGGUUCUGUAUUGAACAGUAUGGGUGACCUGCAGAAGGCGAAAGAGCACUAUGAACGUGCCCUCGAAGGGUUCUUUAAAUCUUGGGGACCAGACCAUGUUAGUUUUGCGAAGUCUUUGUGUGCAGUUGCCAAGGUUUCCUGUGAAAUGGGAGACCUUUCCCAAGCCAAGUCUCUCUAUGAGGAGUCCUUGAAUAUACUGCAGAAAACUGUGGGUCCUGAGAACGCUUAUGUGGCAAAUGCAAUUAGCAGCCUGGCCUUUGUGCUCCGUGAGAUUGGCGAAUUCGAGAAGGCUAAAGAGCAUUAUGAACGAGCUCUACACAUUUUAUCUCAAAAGCGUGGAUCUGGACAUGUUGAAGUUGCAAGUAUUCGCACUAGCUUAGGUCUUGUUCUACUUGACUUGGGUGACCUGCAAGGGGCGGAAAUGCAGUACGAACUUGCUCUCGAAAUUUAUGAGAAAACGCUUGAUCCUGAGCAUCCUGGUAUCGCUAAUCUUUACAAUAACAUGGGCGUUUUAUUCCGUACCAGUGGUAAUUUCCUUAAAUCAAAGAAGUUUCAUGAAAAGGCUUUGAUCAUCCGUCGUAAAAGGCUAGGAGAGAAAAACGUGUGGGUUGCAACUUGCUACAAUGACUUGGGCCUUGUACACCAUGAACUAGGUGACCUAGCACAAGCCAAACUUCAUCAUGAGAAAGCACUUUCAAUUUACCUUGAAACAUUAAGACCAGACCAUUUGUACGUUGCACAUUCUUCCAGUAACCUAGGAGCUGUGCAAGGCAAGUUGGCGGAAUGGAAGAAGGCCAAAGAGAAUUAUGAACGUGCACUAAUUUCGUAUCGCAAAACGCUGGGACCCAAACAUGAAUUUGUCGCUAAAUGUUGCAGUGACCUUGCCUGUGCACACGAGAAGCUGGAAGAUUAUCGUCAAGCCAAGUAUUAUUUUGAAGAGGCGCUGAUCAUUGGCAAAAAUUUACUGGCGACGAAGCACGUGCCAGAGCAUGUUCAUACCAAAGAGGAGUUUCCGUAACUUGGUACUUGUAAAGCGUAUCCCUUUUCUUAUGUUUCCUAAAUUUGGCUGAAAUUAAGCAGUGCAUAGCUUUCCAAUAUUUUGUUGUUUGGCUCUCCAAAAGUCAAACAGAAUCAAAUGAUACGCCUUGAGAUAAAGCUGAGGUGUCCAGGUGUAUAUUCGGGGGAUUAGUAGUUAACUCGGUUUCUUUAAUCCUCUGGUACCAGCGCUUGCUGAUAGAUAAUCGAAACGAAAGCUUGAAAUAGUGACGACAUUGGUGAUUUGCACGUCAAAUUGGAUUACCAGGGGCUGAAAACGAAAACGGAUUGCUGUCAAACUGUAUACUUGUGCAAGGGCAGAGUGGAAUUGGGAAAGCCUAUUUUAUCAAGAAACUGGCUUUGGAUCGGGCUAAACAUGACAAAAACUGUUGUUUUUUGAUCUCAUAAAAAGUAUCCAAACACCAAAGCCCCAGAGAUGUCCUAAGCGCCUCACUUAUUUGCCGAAGAGGAAAAACCAUGAAAGACGGCCUUCCACGUUACAUCACCCAAAACCUAAACGAAGUUCUCGUGGUUUUUGAUGAUUUCAAUGGGUAUCGUUGAGCAUGGAACUCAGAAACGUUUGAGAUACCCAGAGGGAGUAAACUGAGGAACUGUUGUGUGCUGAAUAACAACUCGAAUUUCGAAAGCUUACGAGUUGAAAGAAUUUCAUUACGUGCAUACUGAGAUAACUGGUUUCAGCAAAGAGGACAGAAAGGCCCUUAUGAUCAGAAUGCCUGGUAGCGAAACACAAGCAAAAGCGUUAUGCAUUCAUCUUCUCUUCUCUUUGCACUUUGUCGAAAAAGAAAAUUCCCAGAGGUCUCCUGACUCAAAAUCAAAAUUGUACAUAGCGAUCGUUUAGUACGUUUUGGAUCAUAAUGAAUGGAAAUGUUUUUCUUCUAACUUUCGCAAAGUUGAAUAAUUCAUAGAGACUCUGGCUGAAAUAGGAAAGGUGUUAUAUCACCAACCAAUGUGUCCCUGUUUGUGUUAUAUCACCCACCAAUGGUUUAGAGAGUUGUUUUGUCCGGCGCCGAGAAAGCGUCUUCAAGGGUGCAUGGUUAUUGACCAGUCUAUUAAAUUUAUUGUAAAACGUUGAGAAUAUUUUAUCUCUGUAUUGGCGAUUAUCUAGAGUGAUGAUGUUCCAAUUGAUUUGAGAGAGUUCAUUAUUGAAGUUUUCAGGUGAGAAAUUAAGAGUCUCGCACUUUAGGAGAGGUAGAUAAAACUCGACUAGUCGGGUGACGUGAAAUACAGAACUGAGAAAAAUGAUCAGUUACAUCGGAGACUAUGUUGCCGCUUAAACAGAAUUGUACGUGGUCAUUUGUAAAAAUAUCAAUAAGUGUGGCUGAUUUGUUAUGUACGCGGGUGGGCUUGUCAAUAGUUGGUAUGAAAUGAAAGCUAUAUGCGGACAUUAAAAAUCUUUGGCUAAUAGAAGAUGACUGCGAUUUUAGCAGGUCAAUGUUGAAAUCUCCCAUUAUAAAGACGGGCCUAUCAUGCAGUUAUAUUUUUCUACAGAUUCAUCAAAGUAUGAUCGAAAAGAUUCUGGAGAAUUGUGUUGUCUAUAAAAAAAUCCCACAAACAAUAUUCUUUUUGCGGUCGAGGGUAAUUUCAAUCCACAAAGCCUGGAAUGCCUCACUUGAAAUAUUUUCUAGCACCAUAUAGUUUAAAAGUGUCACUAAUAUACAUACCAACACCUCCAGAUGCAGUUGGGACGUGCGCAAAGUUAUAACCUUUAAGUUGCGGGAUAUUUUGAUCAGGAUUAGCAUAUGAAAUUGUGGUUUCCGUAAGUCCCAGAACAGAAAACUGAAAAUCUAAUUCGUCAAAAAUAGGUGUUUGUAGAUUGUCAAUAUUUCGUCUAAUGCUGCGUAUAUUAGUAUGAAAGAUUGAAAAUCCAUGUUUAGAUUGAUCUUUAUGUAAGCGUUUUUUGAAUUCAUUAAAACUAGGUGUAUAGUA